AUGGCCACCCGCAGUGUUCUCACCUUUGACGCUGAGGGUCGGGCUGUUGACUUUGAGGUCUGGGUAGAUGAUCUGCAGCUUUUCCUACAGUGCGAUAGGGCAGACGGUCUCUCUCUGUUUGACCUCACCUCUGGUGCCUCUCCUGCCCCUGCUGAUGAUGCUGACGCCACUGUUCGCUCACAGUGGGCCACGCGCGAUGCUGCUGCUCGCCUUGCUGUGCGCCGCCACUUACCGACCGCUGAGCGCGCGCAUUUUAGUCAGUACAAGAGUGCUAAGACCUUGUACGACGCUGUCGUUGCACGCUACUCUUCCCCUGCCACUGCUGCCCUUAGCCGCCUCAUACUGCCGUACCUCUUCCCUGACCUCGCCGCUUUUCCCACAGUCGCUGACCUUUUUACGCACCUUCGCACUAGUGACAUUCGCUACCGCGCUGCGCUUCCUGCUGAGUUCUGCAUCAAGAACCCCCCCCCUAUGUACAUCACCCUCUACUACAUAGUCACCCGGCUCCCUCACACCCUUCGCUCGGUCAGGGACCACUUCCUCUCUGUUUGCCCCACCACCCUCACCGUUGACCUCCUCGAGGAGUGCCUCCUAGCAGCAGAAACGAGUAUAGUCGCUGUAGGAGCCUCUCGUGGUGACCCUCGUACCCCUGUCUUUGAGGGGUGCUCCCCCUCCCCCCUCUUGCCCUCUGUUGCCUCUGCUGCUGCGGCCGACAUCGUUGGUCUUGAGUCGGUCGGCGCGGCGUCUGCCCCUAGCGGGAGACGCCGCUCAGGCAAGGGCAAGGGGGGCAAGGGCGCUGGAGGAGCUGGCGGGGGCGGUGGAGGCGGCGGAGGGGGUGGGGGUGGCGGUGGGAGUGGUGGCGGGAGUGGGGGCACUAGUGGCGGCAGUGGAGGCGGAGGAGGCGGCGGUGGUGGCGGUGCGAGCGGAGGUGGUGGAGGUGGAGGCGGUGGUGGAGGUAGCGGCGGCGGAGGUGGAGCUGGUCGGGGCGGCUCUUCGCAGAGGGUCGGCUCCGGUGGUGGUCAGCGCCAGCAGCAGCAGCAGCAGCGCACUCGUGAGACCCCUUCCCCCCAGCAGCUUCGUGAGUGGUACACUGCUCGUCAGUGGGGUGGGGGUGCUGGCCCCUGUACCUACGUUCUACGUACAGGCGACCGCACGGGUGAGCAGUGUGGGGGUCCGCACUUUACCCAGCGCUGCUUCGGCCGCCUGACGGACGCUUGGCGUCAUCAGUUCCCCGACGCUACUGAGAUCCCUCGCUGGGGCGAGCUGUUUAGGGCGGGUGUUGCGAUCUUUGAUCUUGAUUAUGAUGCUAUUCUUGCUGCAAUGUAUGCUGUGACUAUUAGUGAUGAGGGUGACUGUUACCGGUGUUUUCCGCCUGACCCGGGCAUUGAGGCUGCUGCUCUAGGUGCUAGUGAGGCUGCUGCUCUAGGUGCCAGUGAGCCUGCUGCCCCAGGUGCUGGUGAGUCUGCGCUCUCAGGUACCGCGUCGGCUCCGGCCACCCACACCUUCACCCUUGACUCGGGUGCUUCCCGCUCCUUCUUUCGAGACCGCACCACGCUUACGCCGCUUAGUCGGCCAGUGGCAGUCUCCCUGGCAGACCCCUCUGGGGGUCCUGUCCUUGCCCACUUCUCCACUGUUCUACCGUGUCCGGCGGCCCCUUCUGGCACCCUGUCGGGUCUUUACCUCCCCUCGUUCUCUACGAACUUGGUGAGUGGUGCUGACCUCCAGGAUGGAGGGGUUCAGCAGUUCACUCCUACGAGUCAGCGAGUGACCCACUGUACCUGUGCUCGGACGGGCCAUCACUUGGCCACGUUUACCCGUCAGCCGGGGUCGAGCCUGUACACACUGACCACUGAGUCUCCUCCGGUCGCUGAGUCUGCUCAGGUAGCCGCGUCGGGUCAGGUGUUUGCUGCGGCGUCCAGGUCUGGUCCUGAGUCUGCCCCCUGCUCGUGUCGUCUCCUGUCUCACCAGACUCUCCUCUGGCACCACCGCCUUGGUCACCCCUCCCUGCCUCGUCUUCGAGGCAUGGCCUCUCGUGUCCUUGUCUCUGGUCUCCCCCGGUCCCUCCCUCCCCUUCCUCCGGGGCCUGCCCCCACCUGCGUUCCCUGCGUCGAGGGGCGGCAGCGCGCUGCUCCUCACUCCUCCGAGUUUCCUCAGACAGAGGCUCCACUGCAGACGCUUCACAUGGACGUGUGGGGCCCAGCCCGCGUCCGUGGACAGGGUCACGAGCGUUACUUCCUGCUGGUGGUUGACGACUACUCGCGUUACACCGCAGUCUUCCCCUUGUGCAGCAAGGGUGAGGCCACUGAGGUGUUGAUCGCCUGGAUCCGCGCAGCUCGUCUCCAGCUCAGAGAGAGUUUCGGCUCGGACUUUCCUAUUCUGCGUCUGCACUCUGACAGAGGCGGAGAGUUCUCCUCUGACCUUCUGCGAGCCUUCUGUCGUGCACGAGGCAUCCGCCAGACCUUCACGCUUCCGGACUCUCCGCAGCAAAAUGGGAUUGCUGAGCGCCGCAUUGGCAUGGUCAUGGACGUCGCUCGUACGUCCAUGGUCCAUGCGGCUGCCCCCCAUUUUCUGUGGCCGUUUGCGGUUCGGUACGCGGCGCAUCAGAUCAACCUUCAGCCCCGGGUCUCCAUGCCGGAGACCUCCCCUGCUUUGCUGUGGACGGGGAAGGUUGGCGAUGCGUCUGCGUUCCGUGUCUGGGGAUCUCGGGCGUUUGUCCGCGACUUGUCUGCGGAUAAGCUGUCCCCUCGUGCUGUUCCCUGCGUCUUCCUUGGCUUCCCCCCUGACGCGCCGGGCUGGCAGUUCUACCACCCCACCUCGCGCCGUGUUCUGUCCUCCCAGGACGUCACGUUUGACGAGUCGGUUCCCUACUACCGUCUCUUCCCCUACCGCACUGCGUCCCUCCCCCCCCCGCCGCUCUUCCUUACGCCAGGUCCCCCUCCGGUAGACCCCCUCCCCCCUCAGGGUCCUGCCCCCUCAGGUGUGUCUCAGGUAGACGCAGUCGACCCUGUCGAGGUAGCUGUUGACUCUGGUGCUGCUAGGGGUGCUGAGCCUGCGGGUGCUGGGUCUGGGGGUGCUGACUCUGGGGGUGCUGAGCCUGGGGGUGCUGACUCUGGGGGUGCUGCGCCUGGGGGUGCUGAGCCUGGGGGUGCUACGCCUGGGGGUGCUGCAUCUGGGGGUGCUGAGCCUGGGGGUGCUGCGUCUGGGGGUGCGGAGUCUGAGGGUACUGGACCUGCUCGUGUGGCGUCUGGCGGUGCUGGGCCUGGAGGUUCUUCGGGUGCUUCGUCCCGGCGGGAGCUACUCUCUCCACAGGAGCUGCGUGAGUGGUUUGCCCGGCGCUGGAGGCGAGCUGCUGGAGCUGGAGGUGCUGCGGGUGCUGGAGGUUCUGCUGCUGCUGAGGGUGCUGGUGCCGCGGGUCCCGGAGGUGCUCGUACUGGGAGUACUGGAGCUGCCGGGCCUGCGGGUGCUUCUCGUACUGGAGCUGGUGGUGCUGCGGGCGUCGGUGCUACUGCGGGUGCCGGAGCUGGACCCGCUGCGUCUUCUGGUGGUCCGGCUGGAGCUGGAGCUGCUGGGGGAGUUGGCGCUGAGGGUGCCUCUGGUGCUGGUGCCUCUGAGGGUACUGGAGUUGGCGCUGCUGGAGCUGGGGGUGCUGCUGGCGCUGGUGCUGUCGUUCGGGGUGCUGGUGCUGUCCCUUCUGGUGCUGGUGGUGCUGAGCGGCCGCGGCCGUACUUCGUUCCGCUCCUUGAGCAGGUUCUUGGUCUUCCGCCCUAUGCUAGUCCGGCUCCUCCCUUAGAGUGUCCACCGCCUGUCCAAUCCGAGUCACAGUUACAGCCUACCUCUCCUCUGCCUGCUCCUUCUCCCUACACUGGUCCUACUGGAGGUCUUGCUGAGCGUCGUGAGCCUGCGUCUCGUCCUGCGUCGCCUGUCCGUGCUGCUCGCACUAGUAGUCGUGGUUCGCGGUGA